AUGUUAUGGGAACUCAAUGUCGCACCUAAGCAUAGCCAUUUCUUAUGGAGAGCUCUAAAUGAAGCUAUCCCUGUUAAGGGAAACCUUUUUAAAAAGGGUGUUAAAUGUGACCCUCUAUGUCCUAGGUGUUUUAACCAUGUUGAAACUAUUCAUCAUGCCUUUCUAGAUUGUGUCUGGGCCAAACAACUAUGGUUUUCAUCAACUCUCACCAUCAAUCUAAACCACUGUCAUUAUACUAAUCUACAUGACUGGGUGCUACACAUGUUCAAACAAACAGACAAAGCAAGCAGAGAGAUUAUUACUGCUACUCUCUAUGGUAUCUGGUACGCAAGGAAUUUGCUAGUUUUUCAAGGAAAAAACUUACCUCCUCAUGAAGUCAGCACCACUAUCCUAGCUCAGCUACAAGAAUUCCAAUGUCACUGCAUAAAAAAAAACAUAGUGAAUCAAAACCAUUCAACCGGUAAUAGCAGUAACAAUAAAUGUUGGAGUCCUCCUCCUAAGGGUACUGUGAAAAUUAAUGUGGAUGCUCACCUUGGUGAUGGCCAUUGGUUUUCAGGGCUCAUUCUUAGAAGGUGGGAUGGGAACGCAAUUGGAGCUACUACUCGGUUGCAUGCGGGAUCGGAUGAAAUCAUUCAAGGCGAAGCUUAUGCUAUUAAUGAUGCGUUGGAUUUGGUGGAAAAGCUUUGCUUACCGGAAGUCAUAAUCGAAUCAGACUCUCAGAUCUUUGUGAAUUUGGUGAAGAAGACAAGGGUGAGGAAGAAUUGGGGUCGUAUAGUCGAGCGAUGCAUUUCUUUCCUCGAAGCAAACCCUAGCUCUUCAAUUUCUUGGGUCAAUAGAGUAAGGAAUCGGGUUGCCCAUGAAUUGGCUAAAUGGGCUUAG